CCGUACCGUAGUGGUAUGGUACCGUAUCGGUACAGCCGUAUGGUAGCAAUGCUGCCUGUUUUGAAGGCCAAUUGCUACACCUCUGCUCACUUUGUAAAAAACAGCUUAAGCGGCUUAACACUGCAGGGCGGGAAGGAAACAAUGCGGGACAACAACUGCAAAAGCUCCAAGCUCUUUGUCAUUUGUCUCAUUAGGGGUCUCUUUGAUGGUCCGCCAUUCUGCCCAGCCACACAUCCAAUCCGUCGGACGGCACCAUGAACACCAGCAACCUGGAAAGCGCAUCCGUAGUAGAUGUCAUUACUAUAUUACCUUCGACUACACUACAAGUACCCUUGAUUGCAGUAGAGGGUGCAGCAGUUUGUUCCUUUUGUCCGAACGGAUUGCCAGUUCCCGAUCCUGCAAGACGGUUUAUCAAUGUGCCAGAUGACGCCCUCAACUGUGGAGGGUUCGAAGAAAUGCUGCUCGCAUUGGAAACAGAUGAAGAAUGCAAUGCCACUUUGAGUCUCUUUCAGACAUCCUUUGACCCAGGGGUGUUUUGUCAUUGUCCCACUGCCAUUCCGACUGGAGUGUGUCAAUUGUGCAAUAAUGAUUCCCAUGUCGGUAACAUGGACAGCAGCAAUGACACUGCCAUUAAUGGCGUGUUGUGCAGUGACUAUAUGGACCUAGCAGCCGCUACCAUGUCCGUGGAAUUCUGCCAAUCUAUUCAAAGUGUCAUUGGAAUUGAAGCUUGUUGUGGUGUGACACAGAUUACAAACACAACUACUGCCAGCGCAAACACAAACGCAACCUUUACUGUGGAGAAGUUCCAUGUGGCAGAAACAAAUGCUACCACUGGUACUAGUAGUUGACUCUGGGAUACAGUACCAUAGCAGAAGUACAUGUGUGCUACGGGUGCCAGGGGCAAGGGUACUAGUACCGUUUGGUACCGGUGGUACAUUUAGCGUGUCUCUGAUAUUAGUGGCCUCACCGGCUUAUAUCUUGCCGAUGGACACACACAUGGACCGCCGCAGCGGCAGAAGAUGAUGAAGACACCCGUG